AUGCUGGUGAGUGCAAGACGGCAACAUUCACAUCAUCUGUACGCUUUGGUACUCGCGCAGGUGGAGUCUUUGGCAAAGAAGUUGAAUUUCUGCUCGCACCUACGUGCCGCCGAAGAAUUGACAUUUUCGCACGACCAUGUCGCCAUUCGGCAGAACCUGAUUUCCUUGAUCUGGUUUGCCCGAGGUGACCGCAUCGCUAAAGGCUCGGAACUGAUGAGGAUCGUUGACAUGCAUUUCGACGCCCUUAAACAUGCUGGCUAUGCACUUUCUCUUCUUCAGCGGCAGGCAGAAACUUUUGCUCCCAAGCGUUUGCCGGGAGACUAUGCCGCACUACUUGUUGCAUCUCAUUUUAGCGUGGGUGUCCAGAAGGAGUAUCUACACAUCAGAGACGCUGUUCUGAGCUACAGUGUGGCACUGCAGAUCGCAAGAGCAAGUCUUGGAAUAAACCAUCCGAUGAUCCCUCUUCUCCGAAAAGGUAUUUCUUCCCUUAGAACGUCAGGCCGCCUCGGUCAUCUGGCCACAGCGAGUAUGUCUCGUCGAUUUUCAAACAGUCGCCUAGGCUCUCCACCUCGAAGGGGGGUUGAAAUCUCUGCGGUUAGAUGGGGCGCACGCACGAAUCUGGCCAGCCUCAGAGCUGAGGAAGUGGUCACGAGCAUAACGAGUCUGGCGGCAAGAAUAAGGGAGCUGAUAUUUCAGAAAAAAAUGCGCAAAUCACUGGUGCCAGUAUCAGGUCCAGCAAAGAAUCGAAUUCCUCUCGAGUAACGCCGCCAAACUCACGUUGCAGGCCAUUGAUUACUGUGGAUACCCGGACGAGAAUUUCGUUUGGAACUCACCGCAUCAAAGCGCAUCAAAAAUCUAUCUGUGAAUACGCAACGUCCUCAGAGGAUUCAGUGACUUACGGUUCGGGCACGCAACUGUCAAGCUCAACCGCCAUGCUUGUACCACCAAAUAGAGAACGAACAGCUGCUAGUGCCGUCACAGGCGACCAGUUGGUGUGCUCAGCAGGAGUGCAGUGCGAGCUGCUACGGGAUUCACACUCGCAAAUCUUGCAACGUGAGAGUUCCACAAGCAACCUGCCUGAUCAAGAAGAUCUCUCUGGUAGCCAACGGGGUUCUGAGCGGAGGCGGGUCAGCUUCUCACAGAAUGCUGCCGAAAUCAUCUGUCGAGAAGGAAGAGAAACAAGCCAAUCAGAGGAAACAGAAGAGCUCUGUUUUUCCUCAAUCAGUGAUGGGCCACCUCUCAAUUUCGGAGAAUCAGUCACUUCAUCCAAACAUUGGCAUGUUGAGA